ACUCCCCCCCUUGCUUUGAAUCACUUGCAUCCAUGACCCUAAAAAAGGAGAACGAUAAUACAAAUAAAACAAUGUGCUCAUCCCCUACAAGUAACUUGCAAUUUCAGAGACCCAAGGUGGAAACAGAAUAUGAACGUACUGAAGGCGCAAAUGUAAAGUGUCUAAGACGGCGGUCAGGGAUAAAGUAUGACCGGUUUGAUAACAGUUCAGAAGAUGAAUCUGAUUCCGAGCAGAGCAUCCCUGUAAGGCCACAUCUACCUAAAGGGGUUGUCCAUGAGUGUGGAGAUGAUAGGAAUUGUCUAAAGGUUUCUGCACAAUGGCGCCCAGAAGGAGCUUGCAGGGUUGAUCUUGCAGAAGCGCCCGUGUUCUAUCCAACUGAAGAGGAAUUUGAAGAUACUCUAGCAUAUAUAGACGGAAUACGACCCAGAGCAGAAGCAUAUGGAAUUUGCCGUAUUGUACCUCCUGCUUCAUGGAAACCUCCAUGUUCUCUCAAGGAGAAGGGCAUAUGGGAAAACUCUAAAUUUAGCACUCGUAUACAAAGGAUUGACAAACUUCAAAAUCGGGAUUCAAUGUCAAAAAAAGCAAAAGUCAUUCACAGUAAGAAAAGGAAAAGACGGAGAUGCAAUAAAUCUAAUAUCAAGACUCACGAUGAUACCACUAAUGAUGAGUCUGAGAGGUUUGGGUUUGAAUCUGGUCCAGAGUUUACUCUAGAUUCAUUUCAGAAAUAUGCUGAUGAUUUCAUUGCCCAAUAUUUUGGGAAGUAUGAAGGGCAAUGGAAGCCUUCAGUGGAGACUAUUGAGGGUGAAUAUUGGCGUAUGGUCUUGAAACCCACUGAAGAAGUUGAGGUGCUUUAUGGGGCUGAUUUGGAAACUGGAACUUUUGGCAGUGGGUUUCCUAAACAACCUCAUCAAAUAAGCUGUGCUGCUGAUAUGAAAUACAUAAACUCAGGAUGGAACUUGAACAACUUUCCAAAACUUCCUGGUUCUGUUCUUUCAUAUGAAAGCAGUGAUAUAUCUGGUGUUCUUGUGCCUUGGCUUUAUGUAGGAAUGUGUUUUUCUUCUUUCUGUUGGCAUGUUGAAGACCACCAUCUGUACUCUUUGAAUUAUAUGCAUUUGGGAGCUCCAAAAAUGUGGUAUGGUGUUCCUGGGGCAGAUGCUUUAAACCUUGAAGCAACUAUGAAGAAGCACUUGCCAAACCUCUUCGACGAGCAGCCAGACCUGCUUCAUAAGCUUGUCACACAACUCUCCCCUUCCAUACUAAAGUCCGAAGGAGUUCCUGUUUAUCGAUGCGUUCAGAACUCUGGGGAAUUUGUUCUCACCUUCCCUAGAGCAUAUCAUGCUGGUUUCAACUGUGGAUUCAAUUGUGCUGAAGCAGUAAAUGUGGCUCCAAUGGACUGGUUACCCCAUGGACAUAAUGCUAUAGAGCUCUAUUCUGGUCAAAGACGUAGGACAUCCAUUUCACACGAUAAACUGUUGUUUGGAGCAGCAAGGGAUGCAGUCAAAGCACAAUGGGAACUUAGUUUGCUUAGGAAGAAAAAUUCAGUUAAUUUGAGAUGGAAGAAUGUUUGCGGAAAGGAUGGGGUUCUGUCUCAAGCUUUAAAGGAUUCAGGAGUCGUACCCGAUAUAUAGACAUUUUAGAUCCAACAAACACGUGCUACUAUGUCUCUGAAAUUCUUGAUGGAGGACAUCAUGGACCCGUGUUUAUGGUUUCUUUGGAGCAUUGUACAAGUGAAGUAUUUAUCCAUUUUUCAGCAAACAAAUGCUGGGCAAUGGUUCAGGAAAGACUUAAUAAAGAGAUUACUACUCAGCGCAUGAUGGGAAAGACAAACCUCCCUCACCUCCAACCUCCUGGGAGUCUUGAUGGCUUAGAAAUGUUUGGUCUUUCUUCCCCGGCAAUUGUACAGGAAAUUCAAGCCAUGGACCAAGAUAGGGCUUCUUUGGAGUAUUGGAAAUCACGGCCACAUGUGCCCAAUCAAGAAGGCUCUGUCUCUGGAGAUGACCCAAAACCAAAGACAAAAUUUGAGGGUGUUAAACCAACACUUGGUGGUCUGUUUAAGAAGGCUAACAAUGAAGAACUCGAGGCAUUUUACAGUUUACUACGAAACAAACCGUCCCCAACUGAUCAAUUCUUAGUGGCAGGGCUUCUAAAUGAUGAGAUUCAUAGGCGAAGAAUAUGAAUAAUGAUUGAUUUUUUAAACAUGGAUAUAGGUUAUUUUAAGAGGACUU